AUGGACGACCAAAUUCCUGCUAUCCCUGUGCCCGGCCAAUGGCCCGUCGAUCCCCAGGAAGAUGUGCCUAUCUCCGAGGACCGCAUCUGGGUCGACGGCUGCUUCGACUUUAGCCACCACGGUCAUGCGGGUGCCAUGCUGCAAGCCCGCCGCCUGGGCAAGGAACUCUUCGUCGGCAUCCACUCGGAUCAAGCAAUCCUCGAGAACAAGGGUCCAACGGUGAUGUCCCUGGAAGAACGCUGCGCCGCCGUGGAUGCGUGUCGAUGGGCCACUCAGAGUGUUCCCCAUGCACCCUAUGUGACAUACCUGCCCUGGGUCUCCCACUACGGCUGCAAAUACGUGGUCCAUGGGGACGAUAUCACUUCAGACAGUGAGGGGAACGAUUGUUAUCGGUUCGUCAAGGCCGCGGGUCGCUUUCGCGUGGUCAAACGGACCCCCGGGAUAUCCACCACCGAUCUCGUCGGCCGCAUGCUCCUCUGCACUAAGAACCACUUCGUGAAAUCCGUGAAGAACGUGCUUUCCGGGGAAGAAGGAUCGGGAACUCCAGACGAGCGCAAGAGCUUCGGUGCCGAUCUUCUGCAACGUGUCCGGGACUACGCGACGGAUGAGAGUGGCCUGCAGCCGGGACCUCAGGUAUGGACAUGGGUUGGCUCCGCGCCCGCCAAGCUUGACCAUGUGGUGGCGGAGGCCGGCGCAUUUGAGACCCUCGUGGGGGGCAAAGACCCUAAGCCCGGGCAGCGCAUUGUCUAUGUCGACGGGGGCUUUGAUCUGUUCUCCUCGGGCCACAUUGAAUUCCUGCGGAAGGUUAUGCAUCUGGAGGAAGCAAAGGGCCGCGAACGAGGCUGGUAUGAGCCAGACCAGAAGGAAAAAAGACUCCGAGAGCACAACGAAGACUAUGCGCCAGCCUAUAUCGUGGCGGGCAUCCACGAUGACGACGUGAUCAAUUUCUGGAAGGGUUUGAACUAUCCGAUCAUGAACAUUUUUGAACGUGGCCUUUGUGUGCUCCAGUGUCGGUAUAUCCAUGCCGUCGUCUUCUCCGCUCCCUUCACUCCGAGCAAGCCAUACCUCGAGGCCCUGCCAUUGGGCACGCCCGAUGUCGUCUAUCACGGGCCGACCACCUUUAUUCCUCUGACGUAUGACCCGUACGCGGCACCAAAGGAGAUGGGUAUCUUCUGUGAAGUCCCGCAUCAUGCCUUCCAACAUGUCAACGCUGGCGAGAUCGUUGGCCGGAUUCUGAAGAGCCGAGAAGCCUACGAAGCCCGGCAGCGUGCCAAACUGGAAAAGGGGGUUGCGGAGGACUUGGUGAAGGCAAGAGAACAACAGUCUGCCUAG